CCGAUCAGCGGUAGUCAAAGUGUGCUGAGAAGUAGCAGUACGCUUUUUCAUGUCAGUGGGUUAACCAUGGGGAGAUCGUCAGGUAGCCGCGCUCAUCUCUUGGUCAUCGGAGUUUUCUGCGCUCUUUACGGUAGCGCUGAGUGUGCUCUUGGAGAAUGUGAGUUCAACGGAAUUGGAUAUUCAACUGGCGAGGUCGUUGCACUCCUGGAAGAAACAUGCACCAGCAUGAUCUGCACGGUGAAAGAGGACGACCAGAAUAUCACGUACAUCAGCACGAAGCCCAUGAGUUCGUGCCACUGCAACACACCGGAACAUAGAGCGACCGGAGACGUACCAAAACUGAAGUACCCAUUGCGUCUGAAAGAAGGUGAUGAUUUCGCGAAGGGUUACAAGGUCAGAUCGGACGCCGGACGAGGCUUCUUCAGUCGGAAGUGUCAGUUCAACGGACAGGCUUUUGGCAAGAAGGAGACCGUUGCUAGUUUUCCUGACAGAUGUUUCGAUCUGGUCUGCAUCAAACACCAGGAUGGCCUGGCUAUAGAAGCCAGCGUCAACGCUUCGUGCUCCUGUGAAGAUCUGAUGCUCUGGACAACUCACAUGCCGACGACUGAGAGCGGCGGAGGAGGACCGUCUCUGAACUGCGGGACCUACCAGGACAUUACUCCAGACCACUCGAUGUGCCUUCCGCCGAACAGCGACUGUCACCCCUUCCAGAGAGGGGUGCCAGACUCCGACAAGAAGCUGAUACUGAAGCUGCAUAACGAACUCAGGGAAAAGGUCGCCAAAGGACUGGAAAAACUUGGCGACCCUGGACCCCAGCCACCUGCAACGAACAUGAGAGAACUUGUUUGGAAUAAUGAGUUAGCUUCUGUGGCACAGGCGUGGGCAGAACAGUGUCCUUAUUCACACGACUGCUACCGAUGUCGUAAAAUCAAGGAGAGGAGUUACAGUGUCGGCCAAAAUAUAUUCUGGUCUUUUGGGUCAGACAGUAAGGAGCAAUGGAAACUAGCCGUUGACUAUUUCUAUAAUGAAGUGAUGAACUUACCAAGGGACGUUGUGGACAGCUUUGGAUCAGUUCCCGUUCAAAAGGUUAUUACUCAUUAUACACAGCUCGUGUGGGCCAGUACGUACGAAAUCGGAUGCGGUGUCAUCCAUAAUGAAUGCAAGUACAAGGGAGUUGAUUACAAGGUAUGCAAAACAUACGUCUGCAACUAUGGACCGGCAGCCAACGUCAAGAAUCGCCCAAUUUAUGAGAAAGGACCAACUGCAUCAAAUUGCCCCGAGGGAAAAUCAAGUAAUUACAAGGGACUGUGCAAGUGAUUUUGGUCGUAAUUAGAAGUUUUUAUUUUUUUAUUUUCCCAUAUUUUUUUUUUUAAAUUUUGAAAGUAAUAUAAAAUUGUCAAGAAUCGCCCAAUUUAUAUGAAGGGGCCAACUGCUUCAAAUUGUCCCGAGGGGAAAAUCAAGUAAUUACAAGUGCUUUUGGUCGUAAUUAGCUUUUUUUCAUUUUCCCAUAUUUUUCUAUUAAUUUCAGAGAGUUACAUAAAGUUUGUGAAUGUCUACGAUUACUGUCAACCGGUUAACAUAUUUGAAAUUAAUGAAAAUAUGAUGAGUGAUUUGGAAUUUGUAGGCCUUCACUUCAUAUCAUAUUCAAAGUUUCUUAAUAAUCAGAAAUUAAAGAGUGGAAAUAUUGUAAUGUUAUUGAGUAUCAAUUAAUUAAAAACCUCCAAAAAUUA